GACGUGCCAAGCGAUACAAAGUCAGUGUCGGUCGAAGCACGAGAUUCACGUAUCUGUGUCCUCUUUGCCGCGGACGCAGGGUCGAAAUGUGGAGCAACCCUCUGAGCGUGAUCGCGGCCAGCAUCCAGCAGAACCUAAUCGACACCGUGCUCCUCCGACAGCAGACGGGUCAGCCUCAAAGCCGCAUCCACACCGGGGUCUCUUUGUACACGCUGACUGAGGAGGAGAUACGCGCCAAUGUCAUCGAGCGUGAUCCGCUGAACGACUUGGCCGAGCUUCUGCAGCACACGUGGGCCUACUGGGGCGUCAUGGGCUCUGUGAGCUUUGGCCUGAUCAUGUCGUCGUUCGUGGUGCUGCCCUCCCUCGAGGUGUGCAGCGAAGCCCGUCAGCUGCAGCUUAUGACGGGCGUCUCCGGGUUCCUCUACCUCGUCGCCCACUUCCUCUUCGACCUGAUCUUUUACCUGGUGCCGAUGACGAUAAUUUACGGUGGCUUCGCUGUCAUUUUCAACCUGCACGGCGACACGUUAGCAUCGCUGCUUAUAAUCAUGAUCUCGUUUGCUCCCCUGGGCAUACUUCUCCCGUAUCUCAUAUCGGAGCAUGCCUCCGACAGUAGCACGGCAUAUGCCAUUGUCCUCGGACUUUUCGCGAUAGCAGGUCCCGGCACUAUAAUCGGCUUUCUGUACGCGUCCGACGCUUUGGAGGGCCAGAACGUGAGGCUGCCUUUCAUGUUCUUCCCGCCAUUCGCACUCUCGGCCACAACCGUGCGCGCCGUCAACCUCAGGUACGAAGUGGCGAUAUGCGAUUACCUCCGAAGCAGGAAGAAACUGCUGGACAAGCACAUCGAUUUCUGCGACUCGGUGAACGCGUACGGCUCGGCCAUAAGGUUUUGCUGCGACGUUCAGGCUGUCAGGUAG